AUUUUUGAUCUACUCACGCCGCGCGCAUCGCAUGUAAUCCUGUUAGCGGUGCACUCCACUGGUAGUGAGCCGAGUGAGAUUGAAUAAAUUGAAUCACACGCAAAGCCGAUCAAAUGAGAUUGCGUCCCAACACGAUAUUGAUUUAAAACGCGUUAAAACAAGCACAGCUGUUGGUUUUCCAUUUUCUUGAAACGGAACGGACGUUUGUCCAUAGGAGUUGGCCAGUUGCUCAUGGGCAGUUGGGUCCAUAGCACUAAAAUCAAAUAUUAUCGAAUUUACGAUCGCAUAACAAAGCUGUUGGUAAUAUCGUAUUCGAAAAAAGAAACUACUAGUUUUCGAUGUUUUGUACUGCAAAUAUUUUCCCAUUUGGCAACAGCGACAUCAAUUAGUCUUGACGUCUUGUUCACUUAUUAUUUCGAAAAAUUAUUCCCACGAGAUAAAUAACUCGUGGGUUUGUUGUAUUUGUUCUUUUCUACCUGUUUCCCCAUUGUUUACAUCUUCACUAGAUGAAAACAAACCCCAGUUACCAACAUGAAGGUAAAUAAAGAAGAUCUGAGAGAUGUUCUGCGUAAAGUUGACGAUGCUGAAGAUUGGAAUUUUCAGUUUGCUGUCGGGCAACAAAUAAGCGAAGAAAACAUUCUACCCAUGUUCAGUGUUGAAAGUUUGGGUACAAUACCAGUGCCAGUAAAUAUUAAGGAUAUGAACCGCUUAAAGAAAAUGUCUGAAACUGGAUAUUGCUGCAAUCACAAUAUGGGAGUUGUUGGUGUUAAACCUACUGGCAAAAUGAAAAAACCAAAACAUAGUUGGCAACUCGAUGCAACUCACAUUAUUCGUCAAGGUAAUAAUGCGGAAACUUUCUUUGGACAAACGGUUGUUUCACUGGCUAGAGAUGGAUUACGACAGUUGGGUGUAUCCGAUAGCGAACUCCCUCUGAUUGAAGUUCGCCCAAAUGGUAUGCUAAUUUGUGACCGUGGUGGAUAUGCCCCUAUUCAUUGUGACAAUGAAAAAGAACCAGGAUUGUUCGGUAUGAUGACCCUUCAAAUACCUGUAAAAAACGGUUUUGAAGGUGGAAUUUUUAAGGUGCACCAUCAAGGAACGUCUCAUAUCUUUGAUAAUUCUAAAGACAGCAAACGUUUCUUUUACACUACUAUUUUCUACGCUGGCUGCGAACACGAGUUGACCACGGUGGAGAGUGGAUGGCGCUUGGUUUUUACGUUCAGCCUGAUCUGGAAAUGGACUCGUUCAUUAUUUAUUCCUAUAUCAGCUGACACAUCACUCAUAUUUGCUGCUAAACAAAUCGAGCAAAUUUUGUCACCAUGGCGACUUCCGUGUUCGCAGAGAUGUUUGGCAAUUCCCAUGGAACACAAUUAUACAGCUGCCAACCUUUCAUUUUCCGGACUAAAAGGCCGUGAUCGCCUGACAGCUAGUCUUCUGCGUUCCGUCACAUUUGUAGAUCUACAUCUGGCAAGCGUCCAUCGCAGGAAGAAACCCUCGACAACCACAAUAUCAAGCAUUGAAAACUCGUUCUUUGGAACACAAAUUGAAGAAGAAUACAGUAUCAAAUGCUGGGUGUCUUCGUGUACCGAUUCUCCCUUUGCAUUCCAAGGACUGGAAAUUGACUUUGAUUCGGAAGUAGUUUAUCCGAUGUUCCGCCGUCCGGAAACCAACUCGGACAAUACUGAAUCACCAAACUUAACGGGCUAUGAACUUGAAUCCUCCAUGGAUUUUGUUUACUGCCAAGCGCUGCUAGUCGUUUGGCCCAGAACGAGCACUAUUGAUUUUGCUUGCCGAUAUGGUUUUGUGGGAGCCUUAGACUAUCUAGAGUACUUGGCAAGGACAAUGCCCCAUGAAAAAGUUCUUUUUAUUUUGGGAAGAACCGUGGCUUUCUGCUGUGCCAACCCUCGCCUCGUCUGGUGUGCUUCCUCCUAUCCUAAUAGAAAGUCGUCUCCCUCGCCGGGCCAAGUGACGUAUCGCCUGCUCCAACUUUGUAUUGAUUUAGAUUCUCCUGAACAGGGAUUAAUUCUACUCAAUUUGAUCGCCGACGAUCUUCCGGCUAGCCCAACCAAGACAUCGCCUGGGGAUCAUCAAAGUGAUGUAGAACCACAGGAAAUCGAAGGGCUGCAAAAUAAUCCAGUUGCAAUCGUUUUGGCCAAACUUAUCGCUAGGGCUGGCUGGAAUUCCUGCAAGGAAUCCGUUAGCCGCUUUUUUACCCCCACGAGAAUCGCCAAACAAAUGGAGCCACUAACUGUCCUAGUAACAUCGUUAAUGGAUAAUGGUCUUCACAUGAUUGCUGCCCACAUCGCUGAUCAACUUUGUCCGAUUUUGUUUACUUCUCCGAGUGUAUGGGAAUCAUCUACUUGUAGCACUGCAGCAGAAAUGAUCAUCCGACUUGAAGAGUGGAAAGAAUCAAGCAAUAUCCAACAUGUCGAUGAUUACUUAAAAUUGGCCCAAUCAAUCGAAACUGGGUUCCUGUGUAUCGUCGUCGUCUACGUCCACAAGAAACUGAUGCCCUUAAUUCGAAAUAUUGCUCACUUGGAACAAUUCUAUAGAAAACUUUGCCAGCUUUUGGUGAAACAGGACUUUGUCAGUGUUCGUAUUGUUUCACACAGAAACGAAAUGAUUGUUAGUGACGUGCUCAAGUGUUUACUCUGGUUGAAUGACCACCCCAUUCUUCAAGAGUUUGUCGAGAAAGUGACGAUGCCCACUAAAAGCAACAAUGUCUGCUUGCAAGCGUUACUUGCCUCCUCAACAGUCUGGAAGGCGUCUCUAGCUACAGAAAAUGGCCAACAGGUCUUACAAACAUUGAUAGACAGCCGACUUCAGGAGCUAAGUCUUUUGCAACCUCCCGUCUUUUCGUGGCAUCAAACGGAAGCCGAACUACCCAAUUGCCCUGAAUUGGAGAAUUUUCUACACUCAAAGGAACUAGCGACAACUUUUUCUGAAAAAUUCCCCAACGUCAACGAAGCACGUAUCUGGGCUGCCACAAUCUUCGGAUACGGUUUUGAAGUGCUCCCCAGUCCCGACAGCCAAUUCUUCGUCAAUCACCGUUAUAGCGCAACGGUACGUAUCAAGAAAGUUGCUGGUGGCUUAACUGCUUGUGAUAUCACCAAAAAUCGACGUCUGUACGAAUAUGAUGUACGCCAAUUUGAACUGAGACAACAAGAAAUUGUCGAAUUAAUGCGCCGUCGCACUGAGAUCUCAGAUUUACCCAUCUCCCGCCCUCUCAAACGAGUCAAAUUCAACGUUUAAAUUAUAUUUGUGUUUUACGUACCUUGGAAACAGUUUAUGCCCUUUCGUUGUUUUAAUGUAGGCAUAGAGACACGAAAUACCGAGAAAAGUGUUUGCUGUU